CUAGGAGAGUCACAGAGUGCUAUUUUUGUAACAAUGAAGCCAGAGCCAAGGUCUUAUGAAAUGCCCGUCAGAUAUUUUGCAAAUCUAGACCAUGCUGUUUACCUUGAAAUGGAGAAUCAUAUUCUUCUUCA